GUGGGGAGGGGAGAGGAAGGAAGGAAGGAAGGAAGACACAAACAAACUUAUUCCUCCUAUCCCAGGAAUUAUUAUCAGCCACCAUGGACCACAAAGGGGAACCCCAGGAAGAAGGUAUGGGGCUGAAACACGAGGAGCUGCCGCAGAUGGACGGAUCAUGUGAUGCGUGCGAGCCUGACGAGGCCCAACCGGCCACACAAGUGUGCCACACCUGCAGCUUUGCCUUCUGCUCUGUCCACGCUGACAGACAUGCCAGCAGCACACAUCACCCCAUAAUGCCUUACAACCAUGAGGGGACACAAGCUAAUGGACUUGGCACCAACAGAGACUCCAGAGUUCCAGAUGGAGCUGAGGAUGACGCUGGUGCGGAGAGGCCAGAUGGAAUUGGUGCGAAUCAGGAGAUGGCGAUGGCUAAUGGAGAUGAGAGUGGGGAUGCUGGGGAAAGAGAAGCAGCCAGGAGUGGUCUGCAUCCGGAGGCUGAGCUUGGUGAUGGAGCUGAGGGUGCAGAAGCAGGGCAGGAGGCCGUGGUUGCUAAGGAGGCUGGGAAGAGGGACACCGUGACGGUAGAGAGGCUGCGCUGCAAGGAGCAUAAAGAGGAAGGCUCCCUCUACUGUAAACCAGAUGAGAAGAUCAUCUGUGUGGUGUGUGCCGUGCAGGGUGAGCACCGUGAGCAUGAGAUAAUCACCCUGCAUGAGGCCUACGUGUGGCAGAAGAGCAGGCAAGGUUAUGACCUACUGGGCUGUACACAACAGAUGUCUGAGAAGAUCAAAACCAAGUGGACCAACCCUGAGAUGUCGACAGAGGAGCUAGAGGCCUAUGUGAACAGCCAGUUUGAUGAGCUCCGCAAACUGGUGCGUCUGGAGGAGAAGAGGACCCUUCACCUGGUAGACCUCAAAGAGGCGUUCCUGACGGCGUCCGCUGCUGAGAAAAUCGCCGAGAUCUCCGUCCAAACCGAGCGUCUGCAGGAAGAGAUGGCCAACAUCACACACCAGCUGUGCCUGCUUGAACAGGCCGAGGCUUUAGGUCCUGCCGUGGCUGCAGAGGUCCUCGCAGCAGCACCAGCCCACAGAGUGCAGCGCGACAUUGAAGCAAUACCAAGGCUACCAGAGCCGAGGGCACACCCCAUGGACCUGCGGGACUUUGACGACAAUGAUUCUGGACCAUCCAUGGACCACGCCCCCUGAUACCAGCAGACCAGACUCCUGCUACAAAUCACCCGCCCUUCAAUGUCUGCUUCAGCCAGCCAUCAGCUGAGCUGUCAGGCUGGCCCUCUCUUUCUCUGUCAGCUGUCUCCUUUCUUACCCCUUUUUCUGGCCCCCCUCCACGGUGCCUGCUGGCAGUGAGCUGACCUUGAAGGGGGUUGAUGUGACAAAUAUGGAUGGCCACUUCUUUUUCUGUGCUCCAACUUUUUUAAACUCCUCACUAGCUACUAACUUUCUUCGAUUGAAGCACACAAGUUAUUCUGCAAUCAAUUACCAUCAGGCUCAAUUUCCACAGCCAGUCAGAUCCUUGGCUUACUGGUGAGCUUGGCUGACUCAGAGAGGAGCCUGGUUAGGCAGCCAAGCAGAGCAUCUGUUAAGCCCGACAGAUGUCAGAAAUGGGAAAUUCUGUAGCACAGUUCGCUUCACACUACAUUUAUGAACAAUAUAUUUUUGUUUCUGUCAUUUUGACAAACAUUGAUACUCCUUAGAUAUAAAAAAGGGAACAUUUUUCAGAUGCCACAAUGCCUUACGUCAUCGAGAGAAUAUUACAAAGGUGUUCUUGGUCUUAAGAUUUUGAUUGUAAAAAAAAAAAAAAAAAAAAAAGAAAA